AUGAUGUAUAAUGAUCCGCAGCACCAGCCGCACCAGUACCAGCAGCAGCAGCAACAGCAGCAGCCGCAUUUCCACCACCAGCCACCGGGACCGGAGUUCCAUCGGGGACCGCCGCCAUCUUCGCAGGCGCCGCCGGUGAUGCGGCAAGGCUCCGCUUCGUCGACGAACCUCGCCCCCGAGUUUCACCACCCCGGCCCCGGAGGAGCCCCUCCCCCUCAUUACGAUGUUCACAGUGAUAGCCAUGGUGCAAAAAGAAUACGAAAGCUUACUCAAAGGAAAGCAGUUGAUUACACAAGCACUGUUGUGCGUUACAUGCAGAUUCGUAUGUGGCAGCGGGAUUGGAGGGAUAGGACAGUACUGCAACCUACCCCGGCAGCUGCAAUUGAUAUGUUGCCAGCAGUUGGCUAUCCAGACAACCCAUCCACAAGCUUUGCUGCUAAAUUUGUUCAUACAUCUCUAAAUAAAAAUCGUUGCCCCAUUAAUCGCGUUCUUUGGACUCCAACAGGCCGGCGACUUAUUACUGGCUCACAGACUGGGGAAUUCACUCUUUGGAAUGGACAAUCUUUUAAUUUUGAAAUGAUUCUUCAGGCUCAUGAUCAAGCAAUCAGGUCCAUGGUAUGGAGUCACAAUGACAACUGGAUGGUCUCUGGUGAUGAUGGAGGCGCUAUAAAGUAUUGGCAGAACAACAUGAACAAUGUGAAAGCUAACAAAUCUGCUCAUAAAGAAUCUGUUCGUGACUUAAGGACAGAUUUGAAGUUCUGUUCGUGCUCUGAUGAUACCACAGUUAAGGUUUGGGAUUUUGCACGCUGUCAAGAAGAGUGCUCAUUAACUGGUGGAAAGGACAAUCUUGUGAAACUUUGGGAUGCUAAAACAGGGAGAGAGCUUUGUUCAUUCCAUGGCCACAAAAAUACUGUGCUAUGUGUCAAAUGGAAUCAAAAUGGCAACUGGGUGUUGACAGCUUCAAAGGAUCAAAUAAUAAAGCUUUAUGACAUAAGAGCAAUGAAGGAGCUUGAAUCAUUCCGUGGACAUCGAAAGGAUGUUACUGGUUAUAGUAAAACUGAAUGGUGGAAAUGUCCUUCAAUUCAUUCCUCCGUGCUAAGAAUUGGUAUUCCUAGUGCUGUGUGGUGUUACUGGGACUCUUUGGCAUGGCAUCCAUUCCAUGAAGAGUACUUUGUGAGUGGGAGUUAUGAUGGUUCCAUCUUCCAUUGGCUUGUUGGGCAUGAAACUCCCCAAAUUGAAAUUGUCAAUGCUCAUGAUAAUAACGUGUGGGAUCUUGCAUGGCAUCCUAUUGGAUACCUUCUGUGCAGUGGUAGCAGUGAUCAUACAACAAAGUUUUGGUGCAGAAAUAGGCCAGGAGACACUGCUCGUGAUAGAUUUAACACUGGCAUGCAAGGAUGGAGAGAACUGUGGAUGGUAAUGCUUUUAGUUAGAAGCAAUGUCUGUUUUGAGAGACAACCGAUUUAUGAAGUGUUUGACAUUAGUUUGAAUAUAUUCAUGUCAGGAUAUGCUGAUCCAAAUCCUGUUGCUGGUCGGGUGGGUGGUAAUUUUCCAAUGGCUGAAGGCCCAACAACUCCAGGACCAUUUGCCCCUGGGUUAACUCGAAACGAGGGUACCAUUCCAGGUGUUGGAGUUGCAAUGCCCUUAUCUAUUCCUUCUCUUGACAUGGCUCAAGGAGAGCAGAAGCAGCCCCAUCCUGUUCCAAUGGGUGCUCCUCCUCUUCCCCCAGGUCCACAUCCCUCUCUUCUUAAUGCCAACCAACAACAACCAUAUCAACAGAAUCCUCAGCAGAUGCCGCCACAACAUCAACACCAGGGUCUACCACAGCAGAUGGGUCCUUUGCCUAUGCCUCCAAAUAUGCCCCAACUACAGCACCCUUCCCACUCACCCAUGGUCCCUCACCAGCAUUUACCUCGUCCUCCUCCCCAAAUGCCUAUUGGCAUGCCAGGAUCUCUACCAGGGAUUUCAUCAGUGCCUACAUCGCAUCCAAUGCAAAUGCCUGGUCCAAUGAUGUAUCUAUCAGAUGCAUAUCGGUUUUUGGAUGUGUUAGACACUUGUGCAUUUGCAGUAUCUCAGCUUCGUAGGUGUAAACAGAGUAUUGUUGCUUUCACUGUUUUUGGUAUGCAAGGGGCGAUGAAUCAAAUGGGUACUCCAAUGCCACAAGGUCCUUACGUGGGCAUGAAUCAAAUGCAUUCAGGAUCCUUGCCUACUAGUGGAGGGCCACCUCUUGGUGGUUUUCCAGGCAGCAUGCCUAAUAUGCAAGGCCCAUCAAAUGCCAAUUAUCCCCAAGGUGCUUCAUUUAACAGACCUCAAGGUGGUCAAAUGCCUUUGAUGCAAGGGUAUAAUCCUUACCAGUCUAGUGCCAAGAAAUGCCUGUUGACCGAGGCGAAGAAACCUCAACUCAGUGAGUCACCGCUAAAGAAGAGGUUUAAGGAUCAUGAUGAUGCAGACUUGCUGCUGUCCAAGAUGCUGUGA